AUGGACGUUUACAGGAAUACCACGGGGAUGGGUUCGGUUGCUAGGUUUGCAGUCCUGGCAAGCACUGGGGAUGAAUGCAUCCAGGAGGUCGAGCUCUGGUUCCUUCUGAGGAGGAAGGCCAGCCCUGUUUGCUACGCCUGGUUCAAGCCAUCUCCCAAGAUGACCAUAGCUGAGGGAAUCAUGACGACGAUCUAUGUCAACAAUAUGGUCAAAGCUGGUUGCAAAGUUAGCAUUAUGAUGGCAGAUUUGUUUGCCCUAAGCUACAGGACUGGAUUCUACAGCCUCGAUCAGGUACGGACCAUCGGUUGCUCCAAUAUUGAGAUGUGGGGAGCAGCUGGCAUGUACCACGAGAGGGCGGAGCCCGUGUGGUUAUCAAAUGAACUGAAUCGCCGUCCGGCCGAUUAUUGGUGA